AUGCUUCUCGUACUUGCCCACCUUUUUGCUUUCCUGACGCUCUGCGCCACUGCGCUCGGUCAGCGUAUCUCCAUAGGCGCUCCAGCUGAAUGGUCUACCGUCUCCCCUGGGAGCAACCUCACGGUCCGCGUCGACCUCCCGCUCACCCUGACGGGAACGCAGGAAGUCGCGAUCGCGAUCGGGUUCUGGCCGUGCGCGCAUCGCUGCGCGGACCAAGACGUGAGAGAGGUGCUCGGAGACGUGGUUUACCGCGGGCUGUACACUCCUGCGCUUGUUACACCGGGGCUGCCUCCGUUUGAGAACGUCACGGUCGCGGUGCCGGAGCACUUGGAGGGAGAGGAAGUGAGCUUGAACGUGGCCCACUUUUCGCUCAUUGGGGCCGGCGCAGAGCCGUUUAUGGAGGUGGCGAACAUCACACUGUUUCUAGCUGAGGUGGUGGAUAGGGAGAUGUAUUGA